UCCUUUAUAUUAGGCACACUUCAUUUGGAAAUUCAACUGAAAAAAAAAAAUCUCAAAAGAGAAAAAUCUGAGCCGCGUACAAGACUGAUAGAGACUUCUCAGACAGUUUGAGCUGUCUUUUAUAAAGAAUGGACGAAGAACUAGACCCUGAAGCAGAAGAGUACAAGGUUGUGUUUGAAGAUUACAAGCCCCCCUCUCGGGACGCAAUCUACCUGCCCAAUUAUAUCACCUACCUGGUGAUCGCUGCGGCGAUCGUCAUUACUGUGUUGUACGCCAUUAUCGGCCAUCUAAUCAAGGAUCUUAUACACGAUUUAACAGACACGCUGUUUGGACCGGAUCCAGAUCACACAAAGACACCGAUCAGAAGAAACAGUGACAGGUUCGGGGAGGAGUGGAUGCUGAAAAGCAAUGACGGGGAUGGCGCCGAUGAUGAUGCCCGUUUGUACUUUGAGAGGAAUAAGGAAAUCCCGAUUAUCCGGGUGAUAUAUGAAGAUAUGGAGCCACGGCAUUCGCGAUCCGGUCCGCGGGUGAUGUUUGGGAAGCCUGUGGAUAAUUCAUCUGUGUUCUAGCUAAAAUAUUAUUAAUGCUUCAAGUUGUCAGGCACAUUUAAUAAUUACACAUAAUCCAAUAUAUGUAUAUAUAUGUGUGUAUAUAUAUAUAUGUGUGUAUAUAUAUAUAUAUAUAUAUAUAUAUAUAUAUAUAUAUAUAUAUAUAUAUAUAUAUAUUCAGGGCAAUCAGAAAGUAAGUUUACACAUCAACACACCAUAUCAUUGAUGUGAUAAACUUACUUUCUAAUCACCCUGUAUAUAUAUAUAUAUAUAUAUAUAUAUAUAUAUAUAUAUAUAUAUAUAUAUAUAUAUAUAUAUAUAUAUACACAAUAUUACAUUUUUUUUAAUUUAUAUUUUAUUUGAACCCACCUUAAGCAAUGCAGACGGGACCACAAAAUGUUAACAACUGAUAUACCAUUGCACACAUCUCACAGUGAAUUCGUUCUUAUAACUGUGUAACAAAUAUAUAUUGUAAGUAUUUUCAUUAUUAUUGAUCUUAAUCACCCCCCCCAACAAAAACUAAUGAUGACAAAGAGCCAGAAUAGGGAGUAUCAGGUUUAAAUACCACAUGUGUAGCUUUAAUACAUUAUGGUUGCUUAGCGAUUUGCAUCUUAAUAAAAUACAUUUGGAACUAAA